AAGGUCUUUAAUUAGUAGCUUUUGUUAACAUUGGAAAAAAAUGCUGAAAUCAAAAGUUAUAAUGGUAAAGACCAGGUCUGGAAAGAUACUUAAAAUUGUGCGCGAGCAUUAUCUAAGAGAUGACAUUGAUAAUGGUUUGUUUGGAGGCAAGUUAGACCAACACCCUGAGCUGCAAAACGAUCUUGUUUCAUCAGAGCACUUUUUAAUCCCAGAUACCAAUGUUGUGCUACAUCAGAUGGAUGUUCUUGAACAUAGUUGUAUUAUGAAUGUGAUCAUGCUACAAACUGUGUUGCACGAGGUGAAGCACAGAUCUUCCCCUGUUUAUAAGAGGAUCAAGUCAUUGUGUGCAAACCCAGAUAAAAAGUUUUUUGUUUUCACCAACGAACAUUGCAUUGACACUUACAGUGCUCGUGUGAAAGGAGAAUCCACGAAUGACAUGAACGACAGGCUGAUUAGAAUUGCUGCUAAGUAUUAUGAUAAAUGUUUAAAGGAUCGUAACCAGACUGCUGUUCUGGUCACAAAUGACAGAGCUAACUGUGCAUUGGCAAAGAAGGAAGGGUUAGAUGCUCUUACUAUUGAGCAGUAUGUAAAGAAUAUUGUUGGGUAUCCAGAACUUCUGGAUAAAUUAGCUAAGGCUGAUGAAGCUAUUGAAGUCGACAAGUCUAUCUCUUACCCUGAGCAUUUGAAACUCUCACAGGUUCAAGCUGGGGUGAAAUCUGGGAAGUUUUUUCAAGGCAAGCUUGGAAUAAGUAGAGAGAACUAUCUGGAAGGAAAGAUUAUCACACAUGGUGAGGAUGGGAAGGAAAUUCUUAUUCAAGGUCGUCUUAAUUUGAACCGUGCAGUUCAUGAAGAUGUGGUUGCCGUAGAGAUGCUGCCUGAGGAUCAAUGGUCAAAUCCUAGCGGGGUGAUACUGGAUGUUACUGUGCAGCCUGGGGCAGAAAUUACUGAUUCAGAGAAGAAGAAAUCAUCGGGUGUUCCUACUGGUAAAGUGGUUGGUAUAAUUAAGAGAAGUUGGAGACCUUACUGUGGGAUCUUGGAAAGCUUUGGCAGCCCAGAGAUGACAAGGCAUUUGUUUACACCAGCGGAAAAAAGGAUUCCUAGAAUUAGGAUUGAGACGAGGCAAGCAAAGACUUUGAUUGGACAAAGAAUUGUAGUCGCUAUAGACUCGUGGCCGCGGUUUUCAAAAUACCCACAAGGCCACUUUGUUAAAGCUUUGGGUAGUGUAGGUGACAAAGACACUGAAAAUGAGGUUUUGUUGCUUGAGCACGAUGUGGCACAUGAACCUUUCUCCCAAGCUGUGCUUAACUGUCUGCCUCCUUCUGAUUGGUCAAUACCAAAGGAAGAGUUUGCAGUUCGUGAAGAUUUUCGUGACCUUCCAAUUUGUAGUGUUGACCCCCCAGGUUGUACAGAUAUUGAUGAUUGUUUACAUCACAAAGACCUUGGUGAUGGCACAGUAGAAGUGGGAGUUCAUAUUGCAGAUGUCACUCACUUUAUAAGACCAGGAACUCCCAUUGAUAAUGAAGCAGCAACCAGAGGUACUUCAGUUUACCUCUGUGAUAAACGUAUAGACAUGGUUCCAGAGCUUCUGUCAUCUAACUUGUGUUCCCUUCGUGACGAUGGGGACAGAUUGGCGUUCUCGUGCAUUUGGAUCAUGAAGCCAAAUGCUGAGAUUGUGAGUACUCGCUUUUGUAAAUCUGUCAUCCGGUCAAAAUCGUCAAUGACAUAUGCGCAAGCCCAGAUGCAAAUUGAUGACAAGACAGCUAAAGAUCCUGUAACGAUGGGACUUAGAGGGUUAAACAAGUUGGCAAAAAUAUUGAAGCAUGACCGGAUCGAAAAAGGUGCUUUAUCUCUUUCAUCCCCAGAAGUUCGUUUUCAUGUUGAUAGUGAAACUCAUGACCCAAUAGAUUUGCAGAACAAAGAACUGAGAGAUACUAAUUCCAUGGUAGAGGAGUUUAUGUUGCUUGCUAACUGCUCGGUGGCCAAGAAAAUCCAGCAAGAGUUCCCAGAAUGCGCUGUGCUGCGCCGUCACCCUGAACCUCCACAGUCAAACUUUGAUGUUUUUCUUAAUGCUGCUAAAAGUAGAGGCCUUGAACUGAAUGCUGCAACAUCCAGGGACCUUGCUGUCUCUCUCGACCGAACAGAAGAACCAAAAGAAGGAAUCCAUUCUUACAUUUCCACACUGCUGCGAAUUCUAGCCACUCGGUGCAUGAUGCAAGCUGUAUAUUUCUGCAGUGGUUUGGAAUCAGAUUUUCGACAUUACGGCCUCGCUGCACCAAUAUACACCCACUUUACAUCUCCAAUUCGUCGUUACUCUGACAUCAUGGUUCACAGACUACUCGCUGCAAGCAUAGGAGCUGACAAAACAUUUUCAGAACUUUUAAACAAAACAGAAAUCCAAAAUGUUUGUAAAAACUUGAACUUUCGGCACCGUAUGGCACAAUAUGCACAGCGCGCGUCUGUGGGAUUACACACGCAGUUAUUCUUUCGUAGCAAAGUAGUUCACGAAAGCGGUUACGUUAUCUUUGUCCGUAAAAACGCAGUACAAGUUCUAAUACCAAAGUAUGGCCUUGAAGGGACGGUUUUCAUGGAUAGAGAUUUUGAAGGAAACACCACAGUUAAUGCUGAUGACUUGAAGUAUAUUGAGGAUAAAUGUGAAAUUACUGUGCGUGGAGUUAAGCUGUGUGUCUUUGAUGAAGUUACAGUUCAAAUAUCUCAUGACGCAACUAAUGUACAACACCAGAGGAUAAACUUAAAACUUGUGCACCCGAAAAUAAAUGGAAUAAGUAUUCCAAGUUCUGUCUAAUUUGGACUUCUGAGCAGUAUGUGUUAUAAUACAAUGCAGGACUGGGGGUAUAUUGUGGUUGUGGGCGCUAAUUCCUUUUUAUAAUAUCAUGAUUUUAUAUUGAAAUUCAGCACAUGCAUAAUGUAAUAAAAUACUUGCUUUUGCAUUUCAAACUAAAAUUUUUUUGCUAAAAUCCACCACACUGCCUUUAUUAAACCACUGCUUAAAUUCCAG